UUCUGCACUGGUGGGAAAUGGGCAUGCACAAGAAAAUUAUGCAAUGCUGUUUGUAAGGUUUUAGGUGAUAGGUACUACACUACAUUUGACAAAUUGGAAUACCAAGUUAAAGCUGUAUGCGCUGUUACACUGCUAACCAACUACAACCAAAAUGAAGUCCCUUUUACCAUUGAAUCUGGACUAGUAGACACCGGUACGCAAAACAAAAACUUUGGCAGAAAAAUCGAUAUUAAAUACAAAGGUGUCAUGUUAUCUCUUGGUAUCAAUUUUCAAGUUCAUUUAGAUUCAAAUCAAAUGGCAUUACCUUUCUCUUCAAGUGGUAUUUUGGUGAAAAAACUUUCAUCUCAAAUGUUAAAGGUUCAACUAGACAAUGGUAUAAUGAUCCUACGUGAUUCAUUGAAGCGCGUUUACAUUUAUGUGCCCCCUAGUUUUAAGUUUAAAACGAAAGGAAUGUGUGGCACAUUCAACAACAACCAAAAUGAUGAUUUUUUCACUGGAGAGGGAGACAUUGAAUCGAACCCAGUCAGUUUUGCUGCAAAGUGGAAAGUUUCUAGAACUUGCGAAGAGCCUCCACCAUAACUGAUCCAUGCAACAACCAAGAUAUGUUAUCUUCUGCUCAAUCAGCAUGCAGUGUUUUUAACAUGUCACCUUUUACAGACUGUCAUACAAAAGUAAAUGUUGUCCCAUACCACCAACACUGUAUGUACGAUAUGUGCGUAUCCGGCAAUAAUGCAUCUAUAUGCGUAAUGGUUGAGGAUUAUGUAAAAGCAUGCGCUGAGCAAGGUGUUUACUUAAACUGGGCAACUAAUGGCCAUAUUUGUGAUCCACAAUGUACAAACUUUAUGCAGUACAAGACUUGUGUAUCUGCAUGUUCUGGUUCAUGUUAUUCGGAAACGGCCACGAAUAUGUGCGAAAAUGUUUGUGUUCAAGGCUGUAGCUGUCCAGAAGGCUUUCUGCUCAAUAAUGACAUGAAAACAUGUAUAUCCUUCUGAAUGCAAAUGUCGGCAUAACGGGAAAUUGGUUCCUGCUGGUACAGUGGAAACAAGUGGUUGCCAAACAUGUACUUGUCGAAAGGGGGUUAUGAACUGUACAGUUUCUAAGUACUGUCCUACUAAUGGGCCAUGUUAUAUCAAUGAACAUUUACCUGCGGACUACACACAAGUGUGUGAGAAGACAUGCGAUAUGUAUGAGGACAACCAGUGUACCACCCUGACUGGCAAUUAUGGUUGCGUAUGUAAUAACAACACAUUUCGAUUUGCCAAAAGCUGUGUUUCAGCUGAUAAAUGCCCGUGCCAUCAUGGGGGAAAAGCUUUUAAGCCAGGGACAAAACUAAAUAUGGGACCUGAAACUUGCACAUGUAAAAACAGACAGUGGCAUUGUGUAACCAAUCCACCAAUUGGAGAGUGUACGGUUUUUGGCGCAUCUCAUUAUAUAACAUUUGAUGGGAAACUUUAUGAUUUUCAGGGGGAUUGUUCUUAUGUUCUGGUAAAGUCGGCUUCCAACAGCCCUCAUAAGUUUAAAGUGAUUCUGUCCAAUAGUAACUGCGACAAAGGCGGAGAAAGAUGCAAUAAAACAAUCACUUUUUUUGCUCCAGAUUCUUCCGGAGUUUUAAAGAAGGUGGUUCUUUCUCGGAGGACAACCAUACCUUCUCUUAUCCAGACUCUGAAAUCAGGAUCCAACUUCCUCUUCUGGAGAGCAGGAGUUUGGUUUUUCUUGCGACAUCCAUCCUCAGGGGUUGAGAUUAAAUGGGAUCAGGUUCUUAGGAUUUCUGUAACCGUAGAUGCCUCGAAUAGGGGAAAGGUAUUUAAAAAUAUGUUUGUAAAUUACUUCUGAUAUAGGCUGGGAAUUGACAGUCGUUAUAACAUGGGUGUUCUUUUUCAUACACCGAUACACGCUGU